AUGUCGAGACUCGCAAGCAGCCCUCGGUCCUCUGAGCAGGCCAAUUCUCGCAAUGGCUCGCCUGAGACCAGGCUGACUGCAUUCUCCCCUGAGCAUUCUCGUUCUUCCCAGCAGUUUGCUCCCGCUCUUGAGUUGUCUCUGCGUUCCUCUCUGAGGCGCUCCAUCUUUCAGCAGGAAGCACAAAACCCAUUUAUUACUGUUCCUCCUUCUGGUAUCUCUUCCAGACGUAUUCAGCUUUCUCCCACUGCGUCUAGCUUCACUCCUGGCAGUUUUGACAGAAACCCGUCUGCCGGCCCUAUGUCUUCUCCUACUUUCAUCCAAGAUCAAAACCCUGCCAAUCUUGCUGAUCUAACUAAAACUUCUGUUCCUGACACUCCUGGCCUUGUCAGCACUUUUACUCCUCGUGGCUCUGUUGAUUUUGGUCCAAUUGGCGGCGCCAGAGUCUCCCCUCCUUCUUCUUCCAGCUCCAAAUACAUUCCUGGUCCCUAUGCCAUGUACUACCAGCAAGGCCACUUUGACGCCGAGAACCGCAAUCGUGCUUUUGUCAUCGACGGUGCUCCAGUGGAUAUGCUUUACCAUGACAUUGCUGCAAUCUUCAAUCGCCGUGAAUUCAACUCUGUCAAGGGACCUGUCCUGUGUGAGCUUGCUUCUCAUGGCAGAAUUUACGUUGGUUUCGCCGACAUCUAUGAAGCAAAAAUGGCUGCCAUCAAAGCCAAGUCCUUCUUCCCCAAUUGGCGUUUCCAUGCCUUGACCGCAAGGGAGUUCACCCAAAAGUUUGACCCUUCGCUUGCCCCCACCACCUCAGAUUAUGAAGGUCAAAUCUUUGCUACUGUCUACUACAACGCUGGUCAUGAAGAGCCAGAUGGCCGGAUCAUCUCUCACACUUUCAAGAACUUACUCUCUACCUACGGUGAAAUCAAGGCUUUCCACAGCAUCCCCACUGACCACAACAACAUUGUCAACUUCCACGUCGAAUUCAGCGAUACUCGUGCUGCUGAUAACGUUGUUGCUGGCCUCAAUGGCUCUUCUCUUCCUGAGUGCGCCAUCGAUGUCAAGUACUUCAAACCAGAUGUCACCCACCAUGCCCAUGCUCAUCACCCAACUGAAGAACCUGUUCCUCGCACUUCUCCAAUCAUGAUGAACGACCGUGCCAUUGCCAUGUCUCGCCGUCGAAGCUUUGCCUCUCCUACCCCUUACAUGGAGCUUAGCCCAACUGGCCGUUCCACCAUUCCCAUUGGUGAUCCUGCAGUUGCAACUUGGAACCGUCGAUCGGAUGAAUGCCACAACUUCCGUUCUCGUCAUGGCUCUGGGCGCAACCGUAACAAUACUCAUAACAACAUGAACCAAAACCACGUUGACAUUGAACGCAUUCGUCUCGGCCUUGACGUCCGCACUACAAUCAUGCUACGCAAUAUCCCAAACAAAAUUGAUCAGGCUAUGCUUAAGGAUAUUGUCGAUGAGACUAGCCAUGGCAAAUACGACUUCAUGUAUCUUCGCAUAGAUUUCGCCAACAACUGCAAUGUCGGCUAUGCAUUCAUCAACUUCGAAGAUUUUGCCAAAGCUCGUGCUGGUCGUUCUUGGAACUGCUUCAACAGUGACAAGGUUGCUGAGAUUUCUUAUGCCACCAUUCAAGGAAAAGACUGUCUUGUCCAAAAGUUCCGCAACAGUUCCGUCAUGCUCGAACAUCCCUCAUUCCGACCAAAGAUUUUCCACACUGGCACUGGCCCAUUGGCUGGCACUGAAGACCAUUUCCCUGGUCCUGACAACCCAUCCAAGAUGCGCCGCAGUGUUGAGAAUGCCGAGCAUGUCGGCCUGUUCGCUCCCAGGGUCGGUCAGCAAUACCGUGAUGAGCAACGCCGUCGUCGCUCUCAGUUUGACCGUGGCACUACCGCCGCCGAACGUGAAUCUCACUGGACUCGCGACUGGCCUGCCCACUCCGAGCGCAUGGAACAGAUCCGCCCCAGCGUUAUGAACCCUUGGUAUGAACCCACUGGUGGCAAUCAUCAUCACCAUCUCUCUGGAUAA